AUGGCGAUAGGGAGGGGAGAGGGACAGCUAGUAGAAAACUUCUACAGAAAUACUUGUCCUAACGUGGAAGCUUUAGUGAAGAAGGCAGUUUCCGAUAAGCUUAGCCAGACAUUUACCACCAUCCCAGCAACUCUUCGUAUGUUUUUUCAUGACUGCUUUGUUACGGGUUGUGAUGCUUCAAUCAUGGUUUCUUCACCAAAUGGAGACGCAGAGAAGGAUGCUCAAGACAAUCUCUCCCUUGCAGGAGACGGAUUUGAUACCGUAGUGAAGGCAAAGCAAGCAGUGGAGGCAGCUUGCCCCAAAGUAGUUUCCUGUGCAGACAUUUUAGCUAUAGCUGCUAGGGAUGUCGUAGUCCUGGCUGGAGGUCCUUCAUUCAACGUAGAAUUAGGACGUCGCGAUGGCAUGGUUUCUCGAGCAUCACUUGUAAAAGGGAGUUUGCCAGAACCUGACAUGACUUUUUCUCAAAUUAACUCUAUGUUUGGGAGAAACAACCUUAGCCAGAUUGAUAUGAUUGCACUAUCAGGAGCCCACACACUCGGCUUCUCCCAUUGCAACCGCUUUGCAAAUCGGCUCUACUCGUUCUCCUCAUCCUCUCCUGUUGACCCUUCUCUAAAUGCAGAGUAUGCCCAGCAGUUGAUGGAUGCCUGUCCUAGAAACGUAGACCCCAGCAUAGCCAUUGACAUGGACCCUGUAACCCCACGAACAUUUGACAAUGUGUAUUUCCAAAAUUUGGUUGCUGGUAAAGGAUUAUUCACUUCAGAUGAGGUGCUGUUUAGUAAUCCAGCUUCUCAGCCAACUGUCAAUGAUUUUGCUAAGAACCCGGGGGAUUUUAAUGGAGCUUUUGGCACUGCUAUGAGAAAGCUUGGAAGGGUGGGAGUUAAGACAGGUAGCCAAGGAAGGAUCAGGACAGACUGUACAAUCAUUAAUUCAUGA